ACUUACAUAUUGUAAAGAUAAGUUUCAGCCGAAUACCACUAAUCGGUGGAUCACCCUGAAUAAACAACUAAUACUAUAGCAGUUAUAAUAGAUACAUGAUGCAUUCAUUCAUAUUUCACCAUAAAUAAAAUAUUUUAUUGUGAAAUUAGCAGUUUUAAACAAUUUUUCAUCAAGGAAAGUAAAUAAAAAUGGUUCUAUGUAAGUCAUACCAAGGAGGAUGUUGCAACAAUGUUUUCAGAUGCCCCAAUGAACAUGUUAAUGUUAAGGACAUAAUUGAAAGGGAUAUAAAUGAGGCAGUUAAUGGCAAACAAUGGCCCUUGUCCUCGUAUGGGCCUUUCUUUAAUAAACCAUCGCUACCGAACUUUAUAGAAGAUAAAUCAUUUGAAGAGGUACGAAUGUCGUUUUACGAAACUAAAUUAAAAAAUUUCUUUGGUAAAAAUUAUGAGGAAUACAACAAAGAUGUCCAGGAGGCCAGAAAUAAAAUGAAAGUAACUGUGGAUAUUGUAAAUGUGGCAAUUAUUUUAUAUGACACAACUGUGGGUGCAGAAGAGAAAAACACUUCGCUGGUAAAGUGCAGCAGUGGUGUAACAAUUCCAAAUACUAGUUUUAAUAAUCCCUUUGGAGUGGAACAGUUUACUAGUGCAACUACUAAUAGCAACGAUGUCUUUGGUUUGCCAAAAUUUGUUAGUAAUUAUUACCGUCCAUCUAUUAAGCCGGCAACGAAUAUUCGUACUGAUAUUUCAUUCGCACAUUGUCCCACCACCAAUUCCAAACCUAAUAAUACAAAUAAUCCUUUUGGAAUAACCAAUACUACUAGUGCGACUGCUUCAUUGACAUUGGAACCACCAUUUAAAUAUAUAAAUAAUUCUUUUGGAAUAGCAAAUUCUGCAAUCGCCAGUUAUAAACAUGAUCCAUCGUCAAUGGAAUCUCAGCUUAAUAAUACAAAUAAUGCUUUUGUAAUAGCAAAUUCUGCAAGCGCCAAUUCUAAACCUCUUCCAUCCAUUAAUUUUAAUAACCUUUUAGAAAAGGAAACUUUAGGUGGUGGCAGUUCCCAGAACCUUUAUGGAAAAGAAAAUGUUUUUGGAGUCCAAUCUAAUUCUGGUCUAUCGACUUUUAAUAAUACAAAUAAUCCUUCUGGAAUAGCAAGUUUAGGUAGCGCGACUUCUAAUACUAUUCAAACGCAACCGCUAGGUUUUAGCCCUUUUGGUAGACCGUAUAAUAACACCAAUCAGUUUAUAUUUCGAUGGACAGAUGAUCAUUAUAUAGCAAAACAAAUCGAUAAAUCUAUAAUGGACUUAAUACUGGUGCAUAUGCUACCAUGCAGCAUAGUAGAUAGCGCCGCAUUUCAACGUUUAAAAUUUGCUGAUCCUACUAUAGAAAGUCGUUAUAAACAGAAAUCUGAAGAAUUUUUCUCCGACACAUUUAUGCCGGAUACAUAUAACAAAGUCAAAGAGAAGGUGAUGACAAUGAUAACAACAACAAAAUGGAUAAGCUUAACUAUUGACAAAUGGAGGUCUCCUCAUAAUUCAAAUGAGCUUGUAACCUUUACAGCACAUUUUCUACUUGGGUUCUUAAGAAAAAAGUUGGUCUUGGCUGCCAAGGUUAUGGAAAAUGAACAAAUAGAUCCCUAUAUAAUAGAAGAGUUGCCGGAAAUUAUAAAAAGUUUCAAGUUAGAAGAAAAGCUGCAUAUAACUGUUUGUGAUAAUGUCCAUAAAAUGGAAACAGCAAAGAUAAAAGCAUUUGAAUGUGUAGCUCAUAACAUGCAGUUGGUAGUACAUGACGUCAUUUUUAAUAAGAAACAAGUACAGGAAAUUCUAGCAAAAUGUCGUAACAUUGCCAAACAUUUUGAAAUAUCUCAGCAGGCGAGUGAAUAUUUUGAGAAUAUGCAGGAAAAGUAUUUACUCGAAAAACAAUGUCUUAUUCAAGAUGUAGAAACAAAUUGGAGUAGCAGUUAUUUGAUGAUAAAGAGAUUUAUGGAACAAAAAAUGGCUGUAUCACUGUAUUCGGAAGAAAAGAGCGAUAUAGAAAAUUUAACAACAGAAGAAUGGGAUCAAUUAAAAAAUAUUGUAGAUGCUUUGGAAAGUAUUUAUGAGGCAACAACCGACAUAUCUGCAGAUACAGCAACGAUUUCCCUGAUAAUACCCUUAAUUGAAAUGUUGCAAUCAACACUUAAUGGAACUGAUGAUGCAGAUCAAUUACAAAAUUAUUUAAAAGCAGCUUUAAAUGAAAAAUUUAAAUUUAUCGAAACUAGCCCCCUUUUAAUAAUGUCCACAUUGUUGGACCCUCGUUUUAAAAACAAAUAUUUAAGCGAAACCCAAAUGUCAAUUGCUGAAAAGGAAAUAUCGAACUUCUUGCAGAUGGAUACCGCCAACUACUCGAAAACUUGCAACAAAAGCGAUCAACGCAAGUCAAAUAAUACACUUUGGGAAAAACAUGAUGUCACUAUCGAAACUGAUGUUUCGUUAAAUGAAUUAUCAUUAUAUUUACAGGAACCUUUAUCGUUAAGAAAUUCAGAUAUUUAUAAGUAUUGGAAUACAAGUCGUUAUGAGAAAUUAAAAAAAGUUGCUGAAAAAUAUCUUUCUGUUCCACCUACUAUUGUGGCAAGUGAGCAAAUGCUUGGGGCUGCUGGCAGACUCUAUGCAGAUAGAAAAGUUGAUCUUAAGGAAGUGAAUGUAGAGGAAUUACUAUUUUGUCACUUUAAUAUACAAUUUUUGGAGUUUGAUUAUUAAUUCAUAUACUUUAUAUUGUAAUUUACACUUAAUAAAAGUGUAUAAUAUCUACAUAUUAGAUAAAGAGCAUGAAAUGCAUUUUAUUUUUAUGGA